CCUCCGACGGCUCGGGCGAUAGCACUACUCCUUGCCUCUACACCGACAGUACAAGACGCACAGCCGGGUGUCCUUCACCAGCUGCUGGAAUUCUCACAUCGGUACACGACACAGGUGCUCUCUGAUGCGCUCGUGUAUGCCGAGCAUGCGGGACGCUCGGGGAAGGUCGAGAUGGAUGACGUGACGCUCGCGGUUCAGGCUCGAGUAGGUUGGGAGUUUGGUGGGCGUGUGCCGAAGGAGUACAUCCUCUCUCUUUCCACGCAAACCAACUCAGUUCCGCUCCCACCGGUUCCAGAAGUCUUUGGUGUCCGCUUACCA